AUGGACUUUAAUUAUUUCCUCGGUCUAUGCGGCCGGUCGCUCUUUGCAGAAGAGUAUCGUGGGGACCUAGACGCGGCCGAGGAUUAUCUUCGCCAAACACGGCCCGAUGCAUCCUCACCAACGGAUCUGGAAACAUACGCCGAGUACCUGCGAUGCUCUAUGGUGUUCGAAUCACUCAGAGGUCGGCCAGCCGAUGCCUAUGAGAGUCUUGCGAAGUUGGAAGCGCUUCUUGGGCAACUACCCAAGGAAUGGGGCCUGCGGUAUGCGAACUACAAGGCGCUCAAUGAUUAUACUCGUCGUUUCCCUCCGCUUCUUCGAUUCUAUCACGAAAAUGGGAAACCAGUCGACGUGUCGAUGCUAGGAAACGUCGUGACACCUGCUCAAAUCACAAGCAGUUUUUUGGAGAGCUCCACUCGCUUUGCGCCAUGCAGUCUACCCCAAGAUCAAUCAUUCUCUUUGAUGCUGAGCGCCGUAAUGGGGGUUCCAUUCUUGAUAAGAAACCUAGCAUACACAUACCACCCACUCAGUCCUAAAGGUCCAACAGAGGCCUCAAGAGAGAAUUUGCGUGCUGAGGUCACGCAGCAUUGCCAGUAUUUGGGCAACUUUCGCGAGGUGGCGGACUCGCAAGGUCUGACAGGAAUAGGCACGUAUCUUUUCCGACUGAUUGUUGAGAUACAUCUUGCCUGUCAGAGCCCUGCGGCAGAGAGUCUCCUGCAAGAGCUUUAUCGACGAUGUGAGCUCUUUGAAGACUUUGUCGGAAUGGCCAACGCCAAAAUCAUGGAAGCCGAUAGCAGAUUAAGUCCUCCAUUUGCCAGCCCCUUGACGCUGAACAUGAUCAUUACCGAUCCCACUACCGCAACCAUGAGUGAUGUCCUGUGGGGCCCUGUCGAGUCUUGCUUAAGCCACACCUAUGAUUCAGUCGUUCAUAAUCUCUACGAGUCGGCUCAACAGCUCUUCCAACGAUCAGGAUGCCGUCGUGGCCAAGCUGCCGUACUUUUGCGGCAGGGUUGUCUCCUUCAUGAUCAAGCUCGUCAUGAGCGGCUUCAAGACGGAAAGCGUUGCGCUGUUCUGACCGAGGCCGAGCUCAAGUUACAAGAGGCUCUAGCCCUUUUCGGUAAAGACGAAGCAAACGUGGCAUUGGCUAGGACUCAUCUUGUCCUUUUGGGUAUCACGAAAGGGAGUGCGGACAGAGCCAAGGUGAUGUCCCUAUCAAUCGCAGAUUGGAGUGUCAAAGCGCAGAACGAGGUGAUGGCGCAUUGCCUAGGAAUGAUCAUCUCUAGAUUCGCCUAUCAAGAGUGGUACAAAUUCUCCAAUUUGGAUAACGCUAUUCUUGCAUGGGAGUGUGCAAAUACAAUUUUUGAGGCUCACGGAGAUAUGGUCCCGCUACUUCAAUCACUAGUGUGUCGAGCCCAUGCACAACAUGGCAUGUUCAACGCCAAUGCAUCUCGUAUCCUCAUUGAGGAGGCACUCUCCAAAGUCGAUGGAGUCGUCGAAUGGGUCAAUCGCCUGCUCGAAUCAAUUCCAGAUACUCCUGUGGGCAACAUAGACCGCACCGUCUUGUCAACAGGAAAAUUCCAGAUACUGAAUACCCUUGACAGCGAGGUGGUCGACAUUUUUCGAUAUAGUGAAGAUCUCGAGAGAUUCGAUGAAUGGUGUGCUAAAUACUCUCAUUGGCUCGAGCAUGAUGAAAGCUUUAUUGCAUUCCGCAAGCAACUAGAGACCGGCGAUAUCAUUCAAAUCACUCACGAUAUGCUUCCAUUGUCUGAAGCCCUAAUCAAAGGCAUGUGGCAAAAGCAUCUGACUCAGACCGCCGCCACAGUUAGAUAUUCUUCGGCCGAGGUCACUUUUCGUCGACUGUUGGAAGAAGGGGAUGUCAUCGAAGCCGAGAAGAGCUUUCGUCGUUUCAUAGACGAUACAACGACCUUGGAGCAAAGCUAUUCCAGAGAUCUUUAUCGUAUUCUGGCCUGCCAAAUUAUUGGGGACGCUAGCAAGGCUCGCGAGAUUUUUGACUCGAUCAGUGACGAGGAGGUUUUCGGUGGCCAAUUGGGUGCACUGCGAAAGGGCGUUGGUGUGAAGGAAUUCUUUGCCUCGCUGGCCCAAAACGCUAUCACCUUUGCGGUCUUCGCAGGUGACCGAGAACGGUCCAGGCGGUUUAUCGAUAUCAUUAUCGAAAUUCAGCCGGGGUUUUUCGACGACAUGGAUGAUGACGCAAUGAGUCAUGCUCAUCGGCUCAGCAGCUUCGGGCAAAUCAUGCGCAAUGAACAGCCCGAGAUUAGCUUUGCAAAGCUGCUCGAGGCUCGUCGAAUAUUAGAAACCCGUCGCAUGCAAACCUAUGAUCUUGAUGCAAGAAUAGGUAGUUCGAAUAGGGGAUGGGUGCCUGACGUGUAUGUGAACCUUGCACGCUUGUGCCUCCGGUGGCAGCAAAACGAGGCACCCCUUGACAUCCUGCUGGGCUUCGACCAUGGGCAUUUUGACAACAUUUCGUGGGCUGAACAUGCACUACUCUUUAUCGAAAUGAGCCGAGCACGGAGUUUACUUGAUUCUCUACAGACACAGGCCAGGUUUGGGUUCAAAAGCGAUGGCCAUGGCAAUAUCGCACUCCUUUCAGAGGCGAUUUACAAGAGGCGUCUGUUGAGGUCAUUACUUGCUGAAUCUAGACUGAGUUCGGAACAGCAUGCUGAGGUAACUCAGUUGCGCAAGGACCUUGAAGACCUCGAGCAGGGAGGGAAGUUGACCCAUACAACGGCUUUUAUCGAGAAAGCCGAUUCCCUCACGGAACCCAAAUUUCUCUUUCAGAGCAUCGGCUUGACUGAACUCGUGAUCGAGACAACAUUCACGCCCCGUGGAUGUGUUUCAUUUGCGAUUACAUCCGACGGAAUUCAGCGCACACAUCAGGGAACCACCAAUUCGGCCGCCAUGCGGCGACUGGCCAUGCAAGUGAUGCAGAUCUUGCAAGUCUUGACUGGAUAUGCUGGCCCAGAAGAAGAAAGCCGAAAAGAAAGGCUCAGUGAACUGACCAGGCAGAUUUCUGCCAUAUUGCUGGAGCCCUUUGAAGAUAUUCUCCGAGCAAGAAAGCACGUUAUUUUCUCCGUAUCCGAUCCUUUGACGGCUUUCCCAUUCGCUUGUCUUCCUUUCGAUGAGCAACCACUCAUCUUGCAUGCAGGAGUCUCGCAAAUCCCAAGCCUUACAGUCCUUCAUCACCUUGCACAGCGGAAGUCAGUCUCACAAACCCCAACGAUUUCCGUAAUUGCCAAGUCGCCCGUCGAGGAUAUGAAUUCAAACCAGAACCACGAAUCCAAAGAAGACAGCCUCUACAUGGCAGGGAUCGAGGCCGUGAAGAUUGCGCGCAUCUUCGGAACAACACCAAUCGAGGCAUCUCACAUGACUCGGGAUGAGUUUCGCAAACAUCUUCAAGGCAACUCCUUGAUCUUGCACGUUGGAACGCACGGAAACCUCAAUCAUCGUCAACCUCUCCUAUCAUCCAUUUCGAUUGGCGAAGCAGACCAGUUCCGAGUCAUCGACAUGUCCGCCAUUCACAGCAAUGUUCAUCUACUGGUUUUUGCGGCCUGUCUCAGUGGUCUCGGCAAAGCCACCUUCACCAGCGAAGUCCUUGGAUUCUCCCAUGUCGUCUUGAGUACCGGCUGCCAGGCAUAUAUCGGCUCACUUUGGAAAGUGAGUGACUUUGGCUCCAUGUUGAUCAUGACACUAUUCUAUCGCCAUCUCAAAGCGAGUCCGCAUAUGCCCAUUGCAGAGCUUCUGCAAAUGGCCCAAAUCGAGGUAUUUAAGCUCAAUGAGCGGAGUGCGGGUGAACUUUUGGACGAAAUAAUGGAGAAUUGGUCCCAAAGGGAACAGAAUGGAUUUUCGGCAGCCGACUUUGUGCCCGAAGCGGAGUAUUUGAUUCUCACGUUACGCAUGGUACUUGACCAGCUGGAUUGGACGAGUCCCUUUUUUUGGGCACCUUUUACGUUGAUGGGUUAUGGAGGGUUUUGUUUUGUGCACGAGGAUCGAGGAUCCUCCCAACCGGACAGCUUUUGA